GACCCUUGGCGAUUGCUGUGCCAUUUGUUGUUGAGUCUGGACGCCAACAAGAAUCGAACGUGCGAUUUAUUUUCACCACAUCCUUUCGUUGGCCUAAAAGAUAAACAACUGUCAAAAUGUGUGACGAUGAUGCGGGUGCAUUAGUUAUCGACAACGGUUCGGGCAUGUGCAAAGCCGGCUUUGCUGGUGAUGACGCCCCCCGUGCUGUCUUCCCAUCGAUUGUGGGUCGUCCACGCCACCAGGGUGUGAUGGUGGGUAUGGGUCAGAAGGAUUCGUACGUUGGUGAUGAGGCUCAGAGCAAGCGUGGUAUUCUCACGCUCAAAUAUCCAAUUGAGCAUGGCAUUAUCACCAACUGGGAUGAUAUGGAGAAGAUCUGGCAUCACACCUUCUACAAUGAGUUGCGUGUGGCUCCCGAGGAGCAUCCAGUAUUAUUGACAGAGGCGCCACUCAAUCCCAAGGCCAAUCGCGAGAAGAUGACCCAGAUCAUGUUCGAGACCUUCAACUCGCCGGCCAUGUAUGUGGCCAUCCAGGCUGUGCUCUCACUGUAUGCUUCUGGCCGUACCACCGGUAUUGUGUUGGACUCUGGUGAUGGUGUCUCCCACACUGUGCCCAUCUAUGAGGGCUUCGCUCUGCCCCAUGCCAUUCUGCGUCUGGAUUUGGCCGGUCGCGAUUUGACCGAUUACCUGAUGAAGAUCCUCACCGAACGUGGCUACUCUUUCACCACCACCGCUGAGCGUGAAAUUGUGCGUGACAUCAAGGAGAAAUUGUGCUAUGUCGCCCUGGACUUUGAGCAGGAAAUGGCCACCGCUGCUGCCUCCACAUCCCUGGAGAAGUCCUAUGAGUUGCCCGAUGGUCAAGUCAUCACCAUUGGCAACGAGCGUUUCCGCUGCCCAGAAGCUCUCUUCCAGCCCUCGUUCCUGGGCAUGGAAUCCUCUGGCAUCCACGAGACUGUCUACAACUCGAUCAUGAAGUGCGAUGUUGAUAUCCGUAAGGAUCUGUAUGCCAACUCUGUGCUGUCCGGCGGUACCACCAUGUAUCCAGGUAUUGCUGAUCGUAUGCAGAAGGAAAUCACUGCCCUGGCUCCAUCGACCAUCAAGAUCAAGAUCAUUGCGCCACCUGAGAGAAAGUACUCCGUAUGGAUUGGUGGCUCCAUCUUGGCCUCUCUGUCCACCUUCCAGCAGAUGUGGAUCUCCAAGCAGGAAUACGAUGAGUCCGGUCCCGGUAUUGUGCACCGCAAGUGCUUUUAAAUCUUUCCCCCGUUGCGAAAGAUCAACAAAGACAACAACCAACCUAGCAAUGUCACAAACCACCACAAACACCAACACAUACUCCAAUACCUACACCAACAGAAGCGAGCUUUUCAACAACGUGAGCACGCUGCACAU